AUGAGAUUCCCCUUGGCAAUCUCUGUCCUAUGCGUGUUUGGCAUUCUUGAACCGGCCGCGGCUGGUCCUCUUGGCCGGUUCAACAAAUGGAUUCCACGCUCAGCUGCGGCCUCAGCCGCCGAGGACACAUCUGCUUCGGGAGAAGAACCUCCCGUGACGGCCCCGCGACCCGAUCUCACGACCGUCUCCGGGUCCACCAUCUCUUUCCCAAGCUCGCUGUUCUUGUCGUCGACAACGACUCUCAAGGAUGCCCCCAUCACGUCAAAUCAGGUGGUUCCUAUCCCUGACUCGACGGAUUCAGCAACAACACCGACGGCUUCGACGCCCUCGUCGUCGCCCUCUGCUUCCACUCAUAGUAGCCCGACGCCAGUGAGCAGCUCGUCUGCUCCUGGAGACAGCCCGUCGAGCUCGAUCCAGCCCUCCACUACCGGUGCAGAGACAUCUCUCACGACUGCGCAGCCGUCGUCGUCUUCCACCGAGACCCCUUCUGCGACAACACCGACCUCGUCCCUCACGAAUUCCGUCCUCGUCGGCCGUCUCGUCUGGCUUGGCGUCAACUUCGUCGCCAGUGAGCUCCAGCCCUGUCCCGACAGUCCCCUCUACCACGCCCGAUGCCAGCCCGAGUUCCACUCUUGCGCCGAGCUCGACAAGCCCAGUUUCCACAAGCCUGUCCUCUUCGACUGCGUCUUUGCCUUCUUCUCAGACACCAAGCUCAGAAUCCGCGACGCCCACGCCCACCGGAGGCAGCUCGACAACUCCAAGCUCAGAGUCCUCUUCGUCUCUUGCUACGCCGACUUCCGGAGUCGCGUCCAGCGGCAGUCCUUUGUCUUCUCCGUCGAGCCUCACCCCCACCGCCUCAUCAGAGCCAAGUUUGAGCUCGACGCUGUCUACAUCCAGACGGCCACCAGCAGCACACUCGUGGCAACGGGCACGACUUCCACCAGUAUACCUUAUCCGCUUCCUUCCUCCAGCACAGCUAGCACAAGCUCUUCCGACCUGACGUCUUCGCCGCUAUCCUCCAGCACAUUGGUCACAACCAGCACGACUUCCACGGGUCUGACGUCUUCAUCAAGUACGCUGGUGACGACCAGCACAACCUCGGCUAGUCUGAGCACUUCGGCGCCUUCGUCCAGCACGCUGGUUGCAACCAGCACAACUUCCUCCGACCUGACGUCUUCGUCGCCAUCAUCUAGCACACUGGUGACAACCAGCACGAGCUCCACAAGCUCGACGUCUCCAUCCAGUACACUGGUGACAACCAGCACUACCUCCUCCAGCCUGAGCACUUCGUCGCCCUCGUCCAGCACGCUUCCUCCCAGCAGUGCUACUACCCCAUCCCCCUCCUCCUCCGCCACCAGCACAACGCCCACCGCCUCCUUCAAGCCGCCCGUGUCGCUCACCCCCACGGCCGGCCUCGACACCAACCUCCCCGCCGUCAGCAUCGGCCCGCUGCCGACGCAGAGCUCCGCCGUCCCGCCCGCCGUCUACCAGAACAACCUCGCCUACGCCAAGCAGCUCAACGGGGCCUUUGCCGCGCUGACGCCCGACUCGCCGUGCGUGCCCGGCAAGGUCGCCUGCCUCGGGCCGCGCACGCAGGGCGUGUGCGCCGGCGCCGGCAAGUACCAGACGGUGCCGUGCGACGGCGUGCAGAUUUGCGUGGCGUUGCCCAUGGCCAACACGGACGGCGUCGUGAUUGGGUCCGGCGACGAAGUCGUCAUCACCCAGACGCUCCCCCUCCCGGCGCCGCAGCAGACCACACCCCCCGCGCCCACGAAGAACGUCAUUGUCCCCAUCGACGAGAGCGGGCGGCCGCUGACGCCGACGCCGCUCAGCAGCGCCAAGACAAACAUCGUCGUCGCGAGCGAGGCGGCCACGGGCGUGGCGCCGGCACCCACGACAAAGAUGGCCAACGGCUUGCCGACGGUGGUGUACACGGUGACGCAGACGGUGACGAGCCGAGAGACGGUGACGAGUCGUGAGACGGUGACGCUCAUCAUCACUCGACCCGCGUGA